AUGUUUUCGUUACUGAAACAUGAAGAAGGAGAAGAACCGUGCUCACACUCUCACACUCCCUCACGAGUUGAUAGUAGAAAUUCUCUUAAGGUUACCUGUGAUAUCUCUCUUGCGAUUCAAAAGCGUGUGUAAAUCAUGGCUUUCUCUCAUUUCCAAUCCUCAAUUCGCUAAAUCCCAAUUUGACCUAGCUGCACCACAAACCCAUCGCCUUCUCCUAAGAUCAACUCAUUUUUACAUCGAAUCCAUAGAUGUAGAUGCAUCGCUUCACGACGAUUCCGCCAUAGCCUAUCUCCCUCUCCCUCUUCCAUCACCCCCUACCCCUCGCCGUCGUGAAUACGCUAUCGAUCGUUCUCGCGAGAAUCACGAGAUUUUGGGUUCUUGCAGAGGACUCAUACUCCUACACUACGAGAACGGCGAUCUCUUUGUGUGGAACCCAUCGACAGGUAUCUAUAGGCGUAUGUCACAUUCUUAUUGCGAUUUAACCUACGAAUUUCUCUACGGUUUUGUGUACGACGCAUCAAUCGAUGACUACUUGCUAAUUCUCAUUGAAUUGUACAAUCCGGAAGUUAUUGCGUCUGGUUGGCCAACUCGAAUCGAGUGUAUCUCCUUCAGAACUGAUUCAUGGAACCGCGUUGAGGACGUUAAUGGUCGAUACAAGGAUCUCGGGUAUGAAUUCAGAGGGGGGUCACUCUUGAAUGGGGUUCUUCAUUGGUUGGUUUUCUCUGAGGAUAAAAGGGUUCCUUUAAUUAUUUGCUUUGGUUUGGUAGAUAGGACUUUGUCAGAGAUUCCUCUGCCACUUGAUUUAACUGUGCAAACUAAAUAUGAAUUAUAUAGUUUGAGAGUACUGGGAGGGUGUCUUAGUGUGUGUUGUUCGGUUCAUGGCUGUGACAGGGAUGAAAUAUGGGUCAUGAAAGAAUAUAAGGUGCAGUCUUCUUGGACUAAGUCCUUUGGUAUGUAUACUUAUGACAUUCCUCACAACCACUUUUCCCCCAUAUGUGUGACCAAAGAUGGUGGAAUCUUUGGAUCGAAUUUCUGUGGAAGAUUAGAGAAGCUUAAUGACAAAGGAGAGAUACUUGAGCAUCUCACAUAUCGUAGAAGUAAAGGGUUGUAUGGGGGCAAUCUACAGUUUGCUUUAUAUAGAGAGAGUCUCUUACCACUCCCAAGUGUCAUUGGGAGAAAGUAGUGAAGUUGACCAACAGUAACAGAUAAGAACACUUAGGGUAUGCGAUAUUUUCCAAUUCUUAUCACGAUUAUAUUCCCGUGAUGCGGGCUAUCUACAGUCUGCAAUGGGCUUGCUAGGACAUUAGGUUGUUGGGCUUAUUUUCUACUCUAUACUCGGGAUUUAACUUAUUUUUGUAUGGUUCUUACGUUAUAUUAAUGUUCAUCAUGUAGUGGUUACUGGCCAAAGAGUCAAUUGCAGUGGUUUUCACUUUGAUUCAAUGAUGUAGAUGGGCAAUUAUUUCAAUACAUUGCUGUUGCCU